UUAAGUAUUUAAUACUGAAUUCAGCCCACGGUUUUGUUUCAGAUUUGGACUUUGGCCCUUUGUGAAUUUGUUUUGACAACCCUGACAUUAACUAUUUAAGAUUGAUGAUUUGACAAACUUGCCAAAGUAAGAUUUCUCAGGACUUCUAGUGCUUUGUUCUGGACACCAACCCAACUAACGCAAUUCCAAGAGUUGCAUUACACUGGAGUACCCCAGAAGAAAGAAAGGGAGGCCAAAAAUGACACAGUGCUGUGCCGGACCAUUGAGAAGGAGCUGCAGCAGCUCCAUCAAAGCUGGGGGAGCAUCGAGAAGUUGGCUGAAGACAGACCGAAGUGGAAAGACUUUGCUGCCCUAUGCGCCGAAUGGCCUGAUGGGAUUAAAUAUGGGCCAUUACAUGUUCAGUUCUAGCGUGAAAAUCGUGAAGCCGAAUGGCGAAAAGCCAGACGGGUUUGAGUCUGGCAUUUCCCAGGCUCUGCUGGAGCUGGAGAUGAACUCGGACCUCAAGGCCCAGCUGCGGGAGCUGAACAUCACUGCUGCAAAGGGGAGAAUUCUGCCAAAACCCACAAGGAAAAGCCGCACAAAGAAUAAGCAGAAGCGCCCAAGGAGCCGUACCCUGACCUCUGUGCACGAUGCCAUUCUGGAGGACCUGGUCUUCCCCAGUGAGAUUGUCGACAAGAGGAUCCGUGUGAAGCUGGACGCCAGCAGGCUCAUCAAGGUCCACCUCGACAAGGCACAGCAAAACAAUGUUGAACACAAAGUGGAGACCUUCUCUGGCGUGUACAAGAAGCUCACAGGCAAAGAUGUUGUAUUUGAAUUCCCUGAGUUCCAGCUGUAAUGUGCAGCUGACGAAAUAAAUUUGUUUACUGUCA